CUCGGGCUCAAUGUCCUGAAUAUUCCGGACAGACCAAAACAAAACUCACAGCUACACGUGUGAUAAUGGAACACUGUAUUAGUAAUAUCAUUUAGCAAUAUUUGUUUGAUAGAUGUCUGUUAAUAGCCAGCUGAAGUAUGGAGAAACCUCAGGUCGAGCUAAGGGAGGACGUUAGAAGUUAUUUAGAGGCUUCAUUUCUAGCUGAAACUGAGGAUGAAGACAAGUGCAGACAGGACUUUAAUGGACUGAUGGAGACGCUGGCUUCACCUCCCAUGUACACCACACUGAGGCUGAACACAUUGAAACUCAGCAGGGAAGAAAUUAAAGACAUUAUAAGUGAAGAUCUCAGAAUGGUUUAUAAAAACAGAAACUGGGAUCCACCCCAAAUAUUUCUCCACCCUUCCCUUGAGGAUGUACUUGUCAUAGAAAAUCGAGGCCCAAAACAGCUAAAACAGAUGGAGAAGGAGGUAGUCAUAGAUCACAACUGUGGAAUGGCUGUGUUACGGGGAGCAGACAUUUUUGUUCAGGGAAUAAUUGGAGCACCAGCAAACAUGAUGUCAGGUGACAUGGUUUCUGUGUACAUUGAUCUCGAUGGCAAAUGUCUAAAAGGUGACAUGCAACCCAUGGGUGGAUCCAAGUUCCAUGUAGGAAAUGGUGUGGCACAGUUCAGUAGAGAUAACAUAUUCAAAACCAAACCAACUCCAAGUGGUGUUGGAAUUUUAAUGUCAGAGCCCCUGUAUGAGGCCCCAUGUCUCAGUGACCUUCGACCUGACCUGAUUCUGGCCCAGAACCUGCCCUCUAUCAUAUGUACACAUGUGCUUGACCCACAGCCAGGGGAGAGAAUUCUGGAUAUGUGUGCAGCACCAGGAGGGAAGACAACUCACAUUGCCAGCAAAAUGAAAAACAAGGGUGAGGUGGUGGCUAUAGACAGGUCAGAUCAGAAGGUAGAUAAGAUCCAGGCUAACCUGGACAGGUGGGGCCUUACCUGUGUGACGUGUCACGCCUGUGAUGCUCUGAAGAUCCCCAUAGUCCCUGCUGGUGGCAGUGUGAACUUUCCAGAAAUUCCUACAGAAUAUUUUGACCGUGUUUUGCUGGACGUCCCCUGUAGUGCCCUUGGUCAGAGGCCAUCACUCAAAAACCAGAUCACCCUGAACUCACUCAAAUCUUACUCAGGAUACCAGAGAAAGUUCAUACGCAAGGCUGUGCAGCUUCUAAGACCAGGUGGAGUUCUUGUCUAUAGUACCUGUACAGUAACAUUGGAGGAGAAUGAAAAACAAGUCAUAUGGGUGUUGGAAAAUUUCCCAGACUUACAGCUCACAGCUCAGGUGCCACAUUUAGGGUCCCAUGGAAGACAGUGUUCAGGCUUAUCAAAGAAUCUGCAACAAUUACUACAGAUGUUUGACCCGUCAUGUGACGAGUCACAUGAUAGUAUGGCAGUUUAUGAUAAGGACACAAUAGGAUUUUUUAUAGCAAAAUUUACCAAAAUAAAAAGUUGACAGAAA